CUCUCGCACUCUGCCUCCUUCUCUCACAUGCUGCUACUCUCACACACCUCAUUUCUCCGUUGAUGUCCGCUCGCAGAAGAAGGGGAGUCCUACCCCAGGCUGCGGUGACACUGUCUUAUUUUUUUCCCUCCCUGGAGCUGCGGGGUGAGUGUGGCACUCUCCGCCUCACGGCACCGCACAGCACAUCACGGCACGCAGGAGAAACAUUUGAUUAAAGUUCACACUGAUGGAUUUAAGCGGGAAUGACAGCGGAGCUGAAUCACGUCUAGCGCGUUAGCGGACGACAGGACCUGCAUGAUUAGUUUGUGGCUGGUGGUGGAGGAGCGGGCUGGAAAAACAAAAGUACUGACAGCAAAAAUUACCUUGAUUUUUUCCCCUCUAUUUUCCAUGUUUUAGUGAAGAAUAGAUUUUCUGUGCAUGGGACUGGGCUGGACAUCUCCAAAGAUUGCCUUGGGUGGUUAAAAUGCCCAAUUUUGUGGCACUGGAUUCCAGAAUAGUCCCCUCAGCACUCUUCUCUCCUUCCUAACUGCCUACUCAUCGUCAAAGUCACCCCUCGCUGAUCGGAUACCAUGAUCCUCAGUCACCUCCUCCCUCUCGUGGUGCUCCUCAUUUUGGAUUCUGCUGUGCCUCUGCCCACGGGAGAGAGCCAGUGGAAUGUCACAGACGUCGAUCAUGUCAAUGACACUUCCACGCCACAGACAGAUGUCCCUGUCGCCACGCUGAUGCGGCAGACUGACGGCAAAGUUCUGCGCCGCACCAAACGAGGGUGGAUGUGGAAUACCUUUGUUGUCAUGGAGGAGUACACAGGAAAUCUGGACCAAUAUGUGGGCAAGUUGCACUCAGAUAGAGACAGAGGAGAUGGCAGUAUAAAAUAUGUGCUUAUUGGCGAUGGAGCCGGCGUGGUGUUCGAGAUCAACGAGACAUCGGGCGACAUCCACGCCAAGAAGCGCCUGGACCGUGAGGAGAAGGCCUACUACAUUCUGCGCGCCCAGGCUGUGAACCGGCGGACCGGCCAGGCCCUGGAAGACUGGUCCAACUUCACCAUCAAGAUUCACGACAUCAACGACAACGAGCCCAAGUUCGAAAGAGACACGUUCCUGGCUACCGUGCCGGAGAUGUCCGAAGUGGGUACAAGUGUGGUUCAGGUCACAGCCUCUGACGCAGAUGAUGAGGAGUAUGGGAACAGUGCCAAGCUGGUGUACAGUAUACUAGAGGGGCAGCCAUAUUUUUCUGUUGAUCCCAACAAUGGCAUCAUCAGGACAGCCUUGCCCAACAUGAACCGGGAGAACCGGGAGAAGUACCAGGUGGUGAUCCAGGCCAAGGACAUGGCAGGCCAGAUGGGGGGGUUGUCUGGGACCACCACCAUUAACAUCACCCUCCUGGACGUCAAUAACAGCCCCCCACGGUUCCUCCACACUGGCUACCACCUCUCAGUGCCGGAGUCUGCGAAAGUGGGAUCUCAGGUGGGACGGGUGAAAGCCAACGAUGCGGACGUCGGGAAGAACGCUGAGAUGCGCUACAGGAUUGUUGGUGAUGACAGGCGCAACGGGCAUGAUGGGAGCGAAAUGUUCGAUGUGUUCACGGACGGCGCCACGCAAGAGGCUGUGAUUACUGUGAAGAAGCCUCUGGACUACGAGACCAAGCGUCUGUACCAGCUGAAGGUGGACGUGACCAACACGGAGCUGGACCCGCGGUUCCUCCACAUGGGUCCGUUCACGGACACGGCCACCGUGCGCGUCACCGUGCAGGACACGGACGAGCCGCCGCUCUUCACGCGCAACCCCUACAUCAUCGAGGUGCAGGAGGACACGCCAGUGGGCAGCUCCAUUGGCUCGGUGACCGCCCGCGAUCCGGACGCUGACAAUCAUCCUGUUAGAUACACCAUCGACAGAUACACAGACCUGGAGCGCCUCUUCAACAUCGACCCCAUCAACGGCACCAUCUUCACCCUGCAGCCCCUGGACCGUGAGCUGAACCGGUGGCACAACAUCUCGGUGGCGGCAUCAGAGAUCAAAGCAUAUGGUUCUCCCAAGAUCACUCCAAAUAAUGCUGGGCAGAUUACAAGAGUCCCUGUGUUCAUCAAAGUCAUGGACAUCAAUGACAACGCUCCUGAAUUUGCCAUGUUUUAUGAGACUUUUGUCUGUGAGAACGUGAAAGCUGGUCAGCUGAUCCAGACCAUAAGCGCUGUGGACACCGACGAGCCUCUGGUCGGUCACAAGUUUGUGUUCAGUCUCAGCACCAUCAACCCCAACUUCACCAUCGUUGACAAUGAAGACAACACAGCGCGGAUCUUGACUCGCCGUGGCGGCUUCAGCCGGCGGGAGACCAGCUCGUAUCUGCUGCCGGUGGUGAUCUCGGACAACGACUACCCCAUCCAGAGCAGCACCAGCACGCUGACGGUGCGCGUGUGCGGCUGCGACAGCCGCGGCAACGUGCAGUCCUGCAGCACCGAGGCCUUGAUGCUGUCCGCCGGCCUCAGCACCGGAGCGCUGGUGGCCAUACUGCUCUGCAUCAUCAUCCUACUCAUGAUCGUGGUGAUGUUCGCAGCCCUGCGGCGUCAGCGCAAGAAGGAGCCGCUGAUCAUCUCGAAGGAGGACGUGCGCGACAACGUGGUGAGCUACAACGACGAGGGCGGCGGCGAAGAGGACACGCAGGCCUUCGACAUCGGCACGCUGCGCAACCCCGAGGUGAUGGAUGCCAACAAGCUGCGCCGCGACAUCAUCCCCGAAAUGCUCUUCCCCUUCCGCCGCACCUCGCCGAUCAAGGACAACGCCGACAUCCGUGAUUUCAUCAGCGGGCGACUGCAUGAAAACGACUUGGACCCCACCGCGCCGCCGUACGACUCGCUGGCCACCUACGCCUACGAGGGCAGCGGCUCGCUGGCUGAGUCCCUCAGCUCCCUGGAGUCGGCCGCCACCGAGGGCGACCAGGACUUUGAGUACCUCAGCCACUGGGGCCCGCAGUUCAGGAAACUGGCUGACAUGUACAUCGGCAAGGACACGGACAGAGAGGCUUAAAGCGGAGCGGGGGGAGGGGGAAAAGAAAAAAAAGCGGUCGAGAACUGGUCCACUCUUGUGUCAGUCAAAAGGGCCGGCCAAUCAUAAUACGCACCACCCGCCCCUCGUAUCGUAAAUAUGGAGACUGGAAUAUACUAUACUCCAGUUCAGCUGACAGUGUAACCAGUCACUACUCUUAAGGAUUUUUUCAUGUUUGUUUUUUUUUCUUUUUCUCGAAAUCAGUAAAGAUGCCUUCAAAUUGUAGGAGUACAUUGUGAACAAUGGUGUGGAAAAUGUGUUUUGUUACUACGAAGAGCGAUAGUAGUCUUGUUACUAUCUAUGUUUAUGGCAAAAAAAAGAAACAAAAAAUUCAAUAAAAAAUAGCUUUUAUGACAAACUACAUUUGAAAUAAGUAUGUGUAUAAAAUGUUUUGCAGCAAUGGACAUAAUGUAUACUAUUCAAUAUCUUUGUUUUGAGAAACAACGUUCCUGUGAACAGUACAGUACAAUUUCUGUCAAGAUGUGAAUUCAUUUCAGCUCAUAGAAGUAGACUUGUACAAAGGGAGUUUGUUGUGUAGAAUUUCACACUCAAGUCAUGUUGUUUGAAUGCUGAGUCAUUCUGUUUUAUAAUUAUAUUUUUAUACUUAUUUUAAUAAUAAAAUUAAACCAAAAA